AACGCCGAGCGCACGGGGUCUCCCUGGCGCCCUUGAAAGCCGGAACCAGCCAUGGCGGGCGCGGCGGGCGGCGGACCGGCCAGCUUGGACCUCUUGGGGGCCUUGCCCCGCGUGAGCCUGGCCAACUUGAAGCCCAACCCCGGCUCCAGGAAACUGGAAAGACGUCCAAGAGAUCGGAGAAGAGGUAGGAAAUGUGGCAGAGGUCAUAAAGGAGAAAGGCAGAGAGGAACCAGGCCCCGGCUGGGCUUUGAGGGAGGCCAGACUCCAUUUUACCUCCGAAUCCCAAAAUACGGAUUUAAUGAAGGGCAUAGUUUCAGGCGCCAGUAUCAGCCUUUGAGCCUCAGGAGACUGCAAUAUCUCAUUGAUUUAGGUCGAGUCGAUCCAACUCAACCUAUUGACUUAACCCAGCUUGUCAAUGGGAGAGGUGUGGUGAUCCAGCCACUUAAAAGAGAUUAUGGGGUCCAACUGGUUGAAGAGGGUGCUGACACCUUUCAAGCAAAGGUUAACAUUGAAGUGCAGUUGGCUUCGGAACUAGCCAUUGCUGCAAUUGAAAGGAAUGGAGGUGUCGUUACUACAGCCUUCUACGACCCGAGAAGCCUGGAAAUUCUGUGCAAACCCAUUCCAUUCUUUCUGCGUGGACAACCCAUUCCAAAACGGAUGCUCCCACCCGAAGCUCUGGUGCCUUAUUACACUGAUGCAAAGAACCGUGGGUACCUGGCAGACCCUGCCAGGUUUCCUGAAGCAAGACUUGAACUCGCCAUGAAAUACGGUUAUGUUCUUCCUGAUAUCACUAAAGAUGAACUCUUCAAAAUGCUCAGUACUCGGAAGGAUCCAAGGCAGAUAUUCUUUGGUCUUGCUCCAGGAUGGGUGGUUAAUAUGGCAGAUAAGAAAAUUCUCAAACCUACAGAUGAGAAUCUCCUGAAGUAUUACAGCUCUUGACCUCCUCAGCACGUCAGUACCAGAAAAGGCCACAAGAUGGGUCUCUUACUUCAUUUCCCAAAUGUGUAGCCCUCCAGGUGUUGAUGUUAGUUGUCACUGUAAUCAUAUCUCUUGUUAAUUUUCACCUAAUAAACUGCUGGAAGCAAGACCCGCAUAGAGGAGUGGAGUCCUUGAGGGCUCUCAGAAGUUCAAACUGGUGUCUUUCGGAGGAUGAUUAUGAUCAUUUUAUAAAAUACCUUUUCAUCUUCUCAUAA